AUGGGAAGGAUCAACGCCGUCCGCUUUGCUACUGCACCCGCCUUGUGGGGCUGCCAGGAGCCCAGAGACCCACAGCAGAGCCAGCCGCCCCGAGCCCCUUGCCUCUUGUCAGCCCCCUCCCCAAUUUUCCCACCUCACUGCGUCCUGCUGGGCAGCAGCGCAUCCCUGGGCUUGGUGGAGCCUGGGGAUAAGCAGAGCCAUCAGGGCCAGGGGAGCAGAGCACCGUGGGACAGCUGGGGUGGCCAGGAGACCCCACAAAGCACCAUGAACCUGAUCCUGGUCACCGUCCUGCUGCUCCUUGUGCUACCUGACACUGCUAAGGGUCAGGAGAGCUGUGCCGGUGAGUGGUGCCAUACCCCUGCCCUCACCCCCUGUGCCUGCCCAGUGCCAUGGCACCCAACGGCCACCCUGCUCCCCUCCUCCCCAGCCCUGAAGCGGGGUGACAGGCACCACCGGUGCUGCAACAUGACGGUGGAGUCGGAGGAGCGAGAUGAUGGGAUCUCCAGCCCCAACUUGCUCCGGCGCUGCCCGGAGCUGUGGCACUCCAGCAGCCUCACUUGCACCUGCCUGCGGGAGCGCUGGCUUAGGUAGUGGGCAGGGGUGGCCGUGGUGAGGUUUGAGGGCUCAGCCCUUCAUGUCCCCCUAUAUCCCACAGCCCCCCUGUCCCACAGGCUGCUGCAGUCGGCAAGGUCGGCACUGUGCAGCAGGCUGGCAGGGCUGAAGGUGCUGCUCCUGAAUGUCACCAGGGCUGUCACCCAUGAUGUCCUCAUCACCUUUUCCCCUGCUGAGGGCCCUAGGUUGCUGAACCUGACAGAGAAGGGAAAGGUGGGCAAAAUCCAGCUCCCCAGGGAGAUAUUCCGAUCCCUGAGCAGCUGGACAGCACGGGUGGUGGUGACGGUCCUCAAUAUCCAGAAGCUUGGCAUGUUCAAGGAGGUCAACCAGGCGGGGCAGGUCCUGAACGACACCGUGGUGGGCAUCACGGUGGGAGAGACAAGCAUCUCCGGGCUGCGGGACCCCGUGCAGCUCACCUUCACUCAUGGGCAGCUGCCCCCCAGCGUCACUCCUCAAUGUGUCUUCUGGGAUCUCAGAAAAGGGCAGGCAGGAGGCUGGAGCAGCAGCGGAUGUGUCACGCAGCCUGGGGACCAGGGGACAGUGUGCUCCUGCGACCAUCUCACCUUCUUCACCCUCCUCCUGAACCCAGCUCUGGAAAAGUCCACAGCACAAGCCUUGAUGGCUGUUGCCACCGCUGGCUGCGGUGUAGCCAUGGCUUUCUCCAUCUUCACCAUCACCUUCUGCAUCAUCGUAAGGUGCAGGUUCAGGUCCGAGGAGACCCUCCGCAUCAACCUGGGACUGCACAUGAACCUGGUGGGCAGCCUGUUCCUCCUCAACCUGGCCUUCCUGCUCAGCAGCAGCCUCUCCAGCAGGACACAGCUGGGGACCUGCAAGGUGCUGGGGGGGUUCACCCACUACUGCCUGCUCUGCUGCUUCACCUGGAUGGCGCUGGAGGGCUGUCACCUCUACCUCCUCUUCGUCAAAGUCCUCGGCACCUACAUCCGCCACUACCUGGCGAAGCUGUGCCUGGUUGGCUGGGGCUUUCCUGUUCUUGUGGUGGGGGUGGCAGGAAUCAUCGACAGCUACGGAAAAUACCAAAUCCAGACUGCAGACCACCAGGUCAUAGCCCACCUGUGCUGGAUCACUUCCAAACAUCUCCUGGUUCACUACAUCACCAACUGCGGCUACUUCGGCCUCAUCUUCCUCUUCAACAUGGCUGUCUUUGGGGUGGUGACCCAGAAGACCUGCUGCCUCCGGGGCACAGGGGCAGUCCAGGUGGACCACAAGGCCUGGAAGGUGACCCUGGUGGCAAUGGGGCUCUUCUGCCUGCUGGGGGCCACCUGGGCCCUGGCGUUCCUCACCCACAGCACCACCUCUGCUACCAUGCUCUACCUCUUCACCAUCCUGAACUCUCUCCAAGGAAUCUUCAUAUUCAUCUGGUUGGUUGUCCUCUACUACCCAAAGAUGAAGGAGUCCACUGGCUCUAUCUCCCACAUCAUCAGACACGAUAAAACCACCGCAGUCUCGCAGGACUAG